AAAUUUUUUUAUCGUCCUUUGCAUCCAAUAAUUGUGUAAAAUAUAAUUUUUCUAAAUGUGAAACUUACAAAAAAUUAUAAUAAAAUCAAACUUUUUCAAUAUUCAGAACUUUUUUUUUUUACAUUUUUCUAUAAAAUUUUAUAUAAUUUUAUGAAAUCGUAUAAAACUUUAUAAGACUUCGUACAAUUUCAUCAAAUUUCAUUCAAUUAUUACUUCCCUCAUUAAGAUCUUACUUUAUAAAAUUUCAUGUAAUUUUGUGAAAUCGUAUAAAAGUUUAUACAAUUUUAUAAAAUUUCAUACAAUUAUAUUAAAUUUUAUCUAAUUAUUACGUCCUUUUUAAGAUCUUACUAUAUAAAAUUUUAUAAAGUGUUACGCAAUUUUAUAAAAUUACAUUUAUUUAUUACGUUCUUUACUCAGAUUUGACUUUAUAAAAUUUUAUUGAGUUUUAUAAAAUUUUAUAAAAUUGUAUGAAUUUUUAUAAAAUUUUGCUCUGAAAUUUUAUAAAAUCUUACAAAAUUUUAUGAAAUUGUAUAAAAUUUUAUAAAAACAUUUUUUCCCGGGAUGUUAUUAAAGUAGAAUAUUGAACCAACAUUUGUCUUACCUAGUAAAUCAUAAGAAAAUUUGAUAUUGCUAUUACCCAAUUGAGGAGGAAUAUUUUCUUGCGGGAUUUUAAAAUUAUGAAGAGUACAAUAUUUGGAAUUAAAUACUUUACGCCAUUCUUUAUACAGUAGAAAAAUCAUUUUCCACUGUUCAUCUUUUAAAUCAUUGUACUUAUUACUUUUUAAAGAAGGAUAUUGUAGUUCAAUUAAUUGAUUUUUCCAUGGUUUUAUUUCGUUUACUAAACAUUUUUUUUUUCCACUUUCUUAAAUCAUCAAUAACAAUUUUCCAAUUACUAUCUAUUUGAAGUAUCGUCUGAAGAUCCUUUCGUCCAAGAUUUGAAAAUAUUUUUCUUUUCAUUUCUUAGGGCAGCUGAUUAAAGCUCAUUUUUGAUAUUUAAUAUAUUAUUGAGAAGUUUACAAAAAAAUAACUAAUACAGUAAUAGGUUAAAAUAUAAAACAAAUAUAAAGAACUUAAAUUAAUAUUGUUAAUUUUUUCUUUUUAUCAUUUCGAAAGAAGAAAUUGAUUUAUUUUUUUACGACAUGAAGAUUAAUGACUUGGUCAUAAUCGACUUGAGACACUUCCAGUCACUUUAUAUACGAGAAUAUAAAAGUAAGUCAUAACAAUGGAAAGAUACUUCCUGGUCAUUGUUAAAUAUAUCAUCUAGACAAAUCAACGACUUUCUGAUCCAUCCUGGUAUUUUCUAGGCAUGAUGUGUAGAAAGAACAUGAUUGUGCUAGAAAUUUCCAAAAAUCCCAUAGUCAUUUUUUUUUGGCUUAGAAUCUUGGGUCUGUAUAAACCUCAAAUCAUUGUUAUUUUUUUUCUACGUACUAUUACUGAGAAUAAAGACAAAAGAAUUAAAAAUUACAUUUGUUAAAAAAUUGAAUUAUUUUCGUUAAUUUUUUUAGUUUAGUUAUUUAGGAAGAACGAACUGAAACGUUUUAUUCUAUUUUUUUUUUAAAACACUUUCAUCAAUGACUUAAUCAAUAAUCGACAAUUUUUCAAUUAAUGAAUAUGUGAGACAUUUUCACUUACUAUAUGUAUCAAAAUAUAAAAAUGAAUCAUAAUAAUUGAGAAAUAUUUCCUGGCUAUUGUUAAAUUUAUCACCGAUAUAAGUCGACGUAUUUCUAAUUCAUCAUCCUCGUAUCUUCCAUGCAUGAUGUAUCGAAAAAGCAUAAUUGUAUCAAAAAUCCAUAGAAAUAAAAAAAAUUUCAAAAAUCCUAUUAUAAAUUGUGCCUUAUUGACUUUCUGUCCAGGGUUCUAUUCAUUUACAGUUAAUUAUGUAUAAUAAUCCAAAAAAUUGUAUAACUUUCCGGAGUUAUCAAAAGAUCCUAGAAUUUUUUCAAUAUUUUCGACAAAAAUCGCGAAUAUUUUAGAACUUUCUUAAAGUAAUUUUCGAAAACAAAAUUUAAAUAAUGUACAUUAAAAUGAUUUAUUUAAAUAAUUAAUAAUACUAUUCCUAAACAAAAUAAUUUAUUCAUUUAAAUGGACAUUAAUUAUUCGCGGGAAUUGUAUAUUAUUUUCAAACUAAAAAAAAGGCGCGCAGUUUUUAAAAGUAGCUAACUUCACAAUUCACCGGCAUUUGUAAUUUGUAACUGCAAACAAACAACACGUUGGCCGUUGGUACACAUUGAUAAAAAUUAUUUAUAAAUUAUUUUAUAAAGAAAGUAUACUCUGAUUAAAAAUAUGUAUAUAUAAUUCGUAAAUAUAAUAAACAAUUGUUACAAGAAUAGAUAAUUAAAAAAAUUACAAAUUAAUUGUAAACAGUAAUUGUAAUAAUAAUUCAAACUAGAUAAUGGCUGCUUAUAGACCUGCCGGAUUAUCAGAUUCUUCUGAUGAAGAGUUAACUUGUGUGCGAAAUAAUAUAAGUACAAAUAAAAAAACUCAAUAUCAUCAUUCAAACGAAUGGGAGGCCAAAACUUUAGAGCGAGAUAAAAAUCAAGAUCGUCAAUUCAAAGUUCUCAAUGCUUGUAUGACUGGAGACAUUGAUAUUAUUGAUGAUUAUAUAAAUCAUGGAAAUGAUGUUAAUGGAUUUUUAUUUAGCGGAUGGACUAUGUUAUUAUAUGCUUCUUCUGCACUUUUACCAGAAGUUAUUGAGCAUUUAUUAAAAUUGGGAGCUGAUCCAAAUCUUCAUAAAGAUGGAUAUACUCCACUGAUAGCAGUAUGUGAUUCAACUAAAGGAACCACAGAGCAAACUUUAAAAUGUAUUGAAAUUUUACUAGAAGCCAAAGCUGAUCCGGAUGCUAUUAGUAAAGAUUUACAAACGCCAUUGAUGCUCGCUUGUAAGUCUAAAGAACCUGAAAUUAUUUCGGAGCUUAUGAAGAAUGUUAAAAAUAUUGAAGCGUGUGAUAAAGAUGGACGAACGGCUGUAUUUUAUGCAGUUUGUGCUAAUAAGCCAGAAGUUUUAAAAGUACUUAUGAAAGCGAAAGCGUCGGUAAUAUCAGUAGACAGACGUAAUUUAACUGUUAAAGAUAUUGCUAUAACUAAAAACUAUGAAGAAAUUUUGCAAAUUUUGGAUUUCGAAGAUGAUGAGAUUGAAAAUUUUUGUCCGAUUGCAAAAAUAACAGACUGGAAAGAUGCAAUUACAAAUAUUACAGAUCCAGAUCCCGAAUAUAUUGAUUCUGAUAUUGCGAAUAUUUUAUACUCAUUAAAUUUAGAAAAAUAUCGUCAGUCCUUUAAAGGCAUGAAUGUAAAAACAUUCUUACAAUUGACUGAAGAAGAUCUUAUUAGAUUAGGAAUGGAUAUACAGUAUCAUAGAAAACAAUUUAUAAGCGGGUUAAUUAAGUUUCAUUCGUCUAAAUGGAAAUCUUCAAAUACUGUUAAAAUAAUUAAAAAAUUUUCAACUCUUUCAUUAUUCGAUGGAGUGAUUUCUUUAGGAAAUGUUGCUCGACAACUCAGUAUUAUCGGAUCAAGUUUUUGUUUUAUGAAAAACAAUUUUUUUUGUGAUAAAAGUAAUAAGAUCCUUAAAAAUAAUGAACUUUGUGUAAAAGAACUUGAAGCUGCUGAAGAAAAGUUGACUCACAUUAAAAAAGAUUUUCAACAAAUAUUAGAGUAUGCUGAAAAGAUUGAAAAAAAUAAUCGUAGUAAUCGACCAGCAGCUUACAUUGGAUCUAACGACUUAAAGAAAAAAACUAAUUUGACUGUUCUGCUUACUGUUACUGUGAUGACUGGAAUAUUUUUAUCAAAGACUUCUUUUGUAAAAAAAAUAUUAGAUUAAUAAUUAAUAAGGAUAAAUUAUCAAUAAUAGAAUAUGAUUAUAUUCAAUGAUGUAAGUCAUGAAAAAAGUAUUAUUAUUUUUUAAUCUAAAGAUUUAUUAAAAAUCGAAGUUGUAAGUUGUAAUAAAUACUCAAAAUACUUGAAUAGUCGUAAGUAUUAAUUUUUGAAGUAAAAAUGUAAAUUUAUGGAUUUCAAAUGUAAUUAAAAGAUAUCUUUGAUAUUUUUUAUUAAUUUCAAAAAAAUAAUUAAAUAUAAAA